GGGGCGCUGCGGGCGCUGCUGCCGCCGAGCUCCGGGGCCGCCGGGGCGUCCCGGCUCCGCGGCCUCCUCGCCAACGCCGGGGGCGCGGCGCCGGCCCGGCCGAGAGGCGUCGUCGGCGCGGUGCGGCUGGAUCGCUCCCCGCCGCCGCGGCUGCCAAGGGACCGUCGCCGUCUCGUCGCCUCAGCGCAGCUGUCUGGGCCCGGCCCGCGCCGCCGCCCGCCAUCCCCCCCUUCCCUGGCCGGGCCUGCGGGAUGUUCAUUUUAAAGAUUCUGUGAAGAUGAAAAGGGAUAUCUUAUGGUUUUACGAAAGAUAAAGCAAUACUGUCUGACAUGACGGCUAAAAAUGUUGGUGUGACUUCCACAAAUGGAGACUUGAAAGGAUUUAUAGAUCAGAACCAGAGUCCAACAAAAGAGAAACAAGCAGUUUCUGAAGAUGUUUUCAGAUACAGAUCUGCCUUUUGGAAAAUUUACACAAAACAAGAAAACAUCCUUGCCUCAAAUUGUAAUAUUUCAGUAAUUACAUUGCCAGUUUCCAGCACCAACUCUCCGACUAAGAUUUUGCCAAAAACCUUAGGACCAAUCAAUGUGAAUGUUGGACCCCAAAUGAUCAUAAGCACACCACAAAGACUGACCAAUUCAGGGAGUGUUCUGAUUGGGAGUCCGUAUAACCCACCUCAAACAAUGGUCACACAGACACACAUAACAGAAGCUUCUGGCUGGGUCCCAGGGGAGCGAAAACGGACUCAGGAAAUUAUAGAGUCAGAUUUUUCAGAAAGUAAGAGAAGCAAAAAAGGAGAUAAAAAUGGGAAGGGUCUGAGGCAUUUUUCAAUGAAAGUUUGCGAAAAAGUUCAACGUAAAGGAACAACUUCGUACAACGAAGUGGCCGACGAGCUGGUGUCAGAGUUCACAAACUCCAACAGCCACUUGGCUGCAGACUCGCAGGCUUAUGAUCAGAAAAAUAUUAGACGGAGAGUUUACGAUGCCCUCAACGUCCUGAUGGCAAUGAACAUCAUUUCAAAGGAGAAGAAGGAAAUCAGAUGGAUUGGCCUUCCUACAAACUCAGCUCAGGAAUGUCAGAAUCUAGAGAUAGAAAAACAGAAGCGGAUUGAAAGGAUAAAACAGAAGCGAGCCCAACUGCAAGAACUGCUGCUGCAGCAAAUAGCAUUUAAAAACUUGGUACAAAGAAAUCAGCAAAAUGAACAGCAAAAUCAAGGCCCUCCAUCUUUGAACUCCACAAUACAGCUGCCCUUCUUAAUAGUCAACACUAGCAAAAGAACAAUUAUAGACUGCAGCAUAUCAAGUGACAAAUUUGAAUACCUCUUUAAUUUCGAUAACACUUUCGAGAUUCAUGAUGACAGUGAGGUGCUGAAGAGAAUGGGAAUGUCCUUUGGGCUCGAAGCAGGCAAGUGCUCAGCUGAGGACCUAAGAACUGCAAAAUCACUGGUGCCAAAAGCUUUAGAAGGCUAUAUCACAGAUAUGUCUGCAGGAUUUUCAUGGAUAAACCAAGGGUUACUUUCAAGUUCAGCACAAGUAGUUUCACACUUAGAGGCAGCUGGAGGCACUUGCAAUGCUAAAUCAAGUGAGAAUGCAGGGUUGUGUCUGGAUGCUGAAGUGGCCUUAGCAACUGGGCAGCUCAUUGCCCUGAGCAGUCAGCAGUCCAGCAGCGCAGCGUCCCGGGGGGAAACGCCCUGCUCCUUCAACGAUGAAGAUGAAGAGGAUGAAGAUGAGGAUUCUUCCUCCCCAGAAUGAGGAUAGUAGAAAAUGGAAUAUACAAAAUGCUGCUCAAAUAUUCUUAAUGGGAGUUCCUGUUUGGAUUUUACUGGUUUCUUGCCUUGUUUUGCACUGUGUUCAGUGAAGCAAAAUGGACGCUUCAAAAUCAACUUAUUCAUAACUGAAAAACUUUUUGUAACUGAACACAGAGUGACAUGUAGAGACAGAGCAAAAUGGGUUUUAUCAGCUAAAACCGAGGAAAAGAACAAAGUUCUCAGAGAUUUGGCAAAGCAAACCCCAAGUUUACCUUUUCCAUUUUGGGACUUAAGUCUCUGUCUUCCCCUUGUCUUUACCAGAUGGAGAAGAAAACGGAGUCAGUCAGCAAAUGCCAAUUCUUGCAUUGUCUUUUGGCUGUGCUGCCUUUAGAAAAAGGGGGAGGAAGAGCACAUGCAAAUGCGUUAAAAAAGCUAUUUAAAACUAUCUUAUAUGAAAAUGGUUAUAGGGAAAAGGGGCUGCUAAAAUGUUUGCUUUUUUUCUGUUCAACUUGCUGUAUAGAAGAUUCUUAAAGUAAUACAAAUUGCAAGUGAUUAAAUGGAUCUUGAAAUAGUUUAAAUCCAUUUUAGAUACUCUAAAAGUAACAGUAUAAAAGGUUCGUAUGUUCAUUUAUACUGCAGACCUAAUUUAUUAUAAAUAAGUGAAUAUUCUUAGUCAUUAUUAAAACAGUCAGGAAAAAUCCAGUAUUCUCUGCACCAGCUUUUUUAAGGAAAACAAGUCACAAAAAAUUGUAUUUCUAGAUUACAAUGUAUCCAGUGUAGCUUCUUCUUUACUGUUCUAACUUUAUAUAAUCCCUUUGAUGUUAGAGCAUGUGUUGGAUUUUUUUCAAAAAAGCCUCCCACCAUGUUAAGGCUCUCAGGCAGCGUGUUUUCAAGGCAGUGCUUUCAAAUGUGGGCUGGGUAGGUCACAGAACUUUUUUUAAAGUCAUAGGCUGAGGUUCUUAGGGAAAAAAAAAAUUUCAACAAUAUGUCAUUUCAUGUUUUGCAUUCCAGUCAGCUUGGAUUAUGUAUGACAGAAGAACUGUCUUAUCAUUAACUUCUGUUGCACUCACCUUGAUGCGCCUUUGAAAAUUGUAUCAAACCACUUCAAAUAAUCUGUGGCUCAAGUUACACAACACGAAUCCCAUCUGAACUGUUGAAUAAGACUUGCAGCAGGAGGCUGUGUGUUCCAUAGCUAACAUCACAUCCAAUCAUAAAGGCCUUUUUUUUAAAAAAAAAAAAACCACUUCAAUAUCAGUGCACAAUACACUGCAGAUGUACUCUUCUCGUGGUGUUCUAACAUCCAGGCUUUUAACUAGCCUAGAAGUUAACUAUUUUUAAUUAGGUAAAUGCAGUUUAAAAUAGUGUUACUUCUUUCCAGUUUUUAUACUGUAAGUAAUAGUUGUCUCAGCAAUGUUACUAUGUUGGGAGAGGAGGCAGCUCAUCCCUCUGUUCCUGCCUGAGCACUGACAGCAAUUGCGCCCCUGGGGGCUCUGAGGGGACUCUCCCAGCAGGGGCUGUGCCCACUCACCUCUUACAGCCAGACCUGCACUCAGGCCAAAAGCACCAAGCCUGAGCUGCACAGAGAAAAUGAGGCUCCAGCUCCUGAGCUGCCUGGCUGUGACCAGGAGGCAGCACAGGACCAGCUGCACCCAGGACAGGCAAAACUGCGAGGAGCAGACAAGCACAUCUGCAUGUUUACAUCAAAAACUAAAGCAUCCAGAAACUUUUCACAGAUAGUUCAAACUCCUGCACUUGAGGUACAGUUAGGGCAGCACCAGUAUGUAAGUACAGCUCUUGGCUGAGCAAGUAGAGCUCUCUAGCUUACACAGCUCAGUUACAAAUGCACAAAUUAAAAGAAUUCCUGUAUGCCUACCAUGUUAUUCAUCCUCUGGGCAAGACUGUUAAGACUAUCCUGUGCCCAUGGCUCACAGGCAAGAGCAGACUGAGGGCUUUACACCACCUCACUUUGACCAAAUCUGUAGCACUACCUCUAUACCAAGGAAAGCUUUACAAACACAAAGUAAUAUUCUUGCUGAGAGAGUCAAUGCACCUGAGCUAAGCAGCUCACUUUGGAAAUAGGGGGAGGAGAGAACAGGUACUCCAGGCAUGUUAUUAUGGAAUUUGCAGCUUCAUGAAUGACAUUUCAUUUAAACAGAUAAUCACUUUUAUUCUUAUAAACCCAUUGCUUUUCAAAAACUGCACUGUCAGUCAGCUUUCAUUGGAGAGGGCAGAUCAAAGAUACCUUUAUGCAGGAUCCUAAGGAACUCUUAAAGAGAAACAUCUUCUAAAUAAUUACCCCUCAGCAAUACAUUAGGGGCACAUUUAACUUUACACUUUAUUCACACUUCCCACUCAAGAUCUGUGUAAAAACUAAAACCAACAAAACACUAAACAGGUCCUAAAGAGCAGCACUUUGAACUAUAAGAACCUGGGAAAAAAAGGCUUCCUGCCCAGAAAUGGAAUGUAUUUUAUUAGCAGUCAGUGUGCUUUCUGCUUUACGGGAGGAAGAUCUGAAAUGAUACCUUUCUUCCAUUGAUGUCUGUGCCCUUCAAAGCAGCAGACUGCACAGCUACUUGCUUUCUGGCAAACCUCAAGCUAUCAAAAGAUAAAAAAAUCUAGGAGCACAUAACAUUCAUUUAGACAGUUGAACCAAAUCUUUAGAAGUUAUUUUUCCUGGACUAGUUGAAUACAAAGGACAAAACAAGUUACAACAUUUAGAAGAGACUUCAAAAGUAAAUUCUUUCCUUGGGUUUCCUUGUGCCAAGUUCCAGUAGAGGAUGAAGUUCAACUAAAGCACUGUGGUCUUGUGGCUACACUGAAGUCUGGGAACUAGGAGAAUUUUGGGCCUUAUCCAGCCAUAGUCACUCAUGUAUGAUCUCAGACAAGCCUUUCAGUCAUUCCUGUUGAUCUUAGCUGACAUAUUUUAAAAAGAAACAACACACACACACAAACCCCACAAACCAACAUAGGUAAAUGCAGGACCUCACAAAAUGCAGGUGUUGUAUCUGAUUUGAGCACUGAGCAAUUGUGAGUAACAGGGGGGGUGAGAAUAUUAGCUCACCACACAGCUCCCACGCAGCUCGUGGCAGUGGUUGUGCUCAGCUGCUUCAACACACAGGCCCUCCCUCCCCUGAGAGCCAGCAGCACUUUCCAGAAUAAAUGGUCAUGAGCAAGACUGGUUUUCCCAUUUUCUGUUCAGCUACCAUCAUCCUCUCCUGUCUCAUGCCAUACCCCUGGCACUCAUCGAUAGGAAACAAGCAGCAACUAGUACUAGAUGAUAUCUCUGAUAAGAAAAGGUUAACAUUUCAAUUGUCAUGCAGCUCCUGUUUAACAUAAAUUUCAGCUUUAUUCCUGGACUUACUCUGUGGUGCUUGAGAAAUCUAAAUCUGACUUAGAAAAACUUGUCAGCUCCACUAACUAGAGGAAAAAAUAUGAGUAGGAGACAGCAUUUUUCUAUUAUGUGGAAAUCUGACAUAUUGUUUGUGGAUUUUGGUUCUUAAAAUUGUAUUAAAGUCCUUCUCAUUUUAACACUGGAAUUAUUGGCAACAAUCCACCUCAUCUCAGAAAGUGUGUGUAUCUAAGCAAAUGAUACCAGUUUAACUGAAGGUAUGACUUAAAUGACUAAUGUCAUUAAAGCCAGCACAAUCCACACUGGAGAUGUUUCCAUUUUGUUUAAGGGGUUUUAGUUUUUUAAACUACAGCUUGUAAAUGCCCCUAAUCCUUUUGAGCAGCUGGAAAUUGCUGAGUACAAAGAAUUCCCACAGAAGGACUUUUGCUGAUCAACAUCAGCCUGGAGUAACAUUAUGUAAAAAGCCCUAAGACCUUCAAGUUCAUAAAUGAAAUGCUGCUUGAAUUUAGAAUUCCACAGUUAAGGUUUUAAAUCUCAAAUUCUCUUUCUUCUGACCACAUCCACCAUUUUAAUUCAAGAGAAUGGAUAAAACUUAACUACAUUUGAACUCUGGGCAAUAAUCCUUUUUAUAAUUAACUGGCCCUUUUCAGCUGAAAAUAAUCCAGGCAGUUGAUUGAGAAUAGUGAGCUAAAGAUGUUUGGGGUUUGGUUCCAUUUAAAACAAAGCCAGUAACCACAGGGUAUGCUACAAAGAAGACAGACCAAAACAAGUUAUUUUCUGCCUGAUGCACCUCAUUUUCAUUGCAAGAAUCUCUCAGGGACAUCAGUGUAUAUUAAAUAGCCAGAUGUAAUGAAGCUGGGGAAAGACUACAUGAGCUUUUUUAAUUUGUGAUUUACAAAAUUCUAGUGUUAGCCAUACUUUGAGGUGACAUCCUUCUGCUUCAGCCUCCUUGGCUGAAGGAUCCUCAGCAGUACCUCUGGCAGCAUUACUGGGGAACAGGGGAAGGUUAAGGACCUGUUUAUGGAGGUUUUGUUCUUUAGAAUAUGCUCCUUCUUGAAUCCUGACCUAUGUCUACAAGCAACACACCAAUGAAUCAUUUGGAAUUUGUGGCCAUCACACACCUACCCGAGCAUGUGAACAGCUCUAAAUAGUUAAUUUUCUGCUGGCAGGUGCUCACAUAACCCAGUCCUGAUACCAUAAAACUUCCUGAAGCUCUCAUUCCUUAGACUUAACAAAGUUCCCAAAUCAGAUUAUCUUUUCCCUAUUUAGCUGUUAGAAUUUAGUCUGGUGAGUGUUUUUAAGAGGCUGUGAGCAACUCUGCUCCCCUGGAUCCAGGUAUAUUGCCAAGAAAAUACCCACAACUAAUGUUAGUCCCAGUUGUUCAUUCUGUCUGCUAAGGAUUACCAUCCUUUCAAGUCACUGUAGAGCUGCAUCUACAAGAACCUGCCAGCUCCUCCAACCUGAUUGCCUGAGUUGGCAUCCCUGGAUCCCUCACCCAGCUGGCACUGCCAGUGAGGGGAGGGAAUGCUCAUUAAAACAGCCCAACAGUAACAACUGCAGGGGCUGUUGAUCGCAGCUGUUCAGAGACUCCACACUCACUUCACACCUUUCAUACUCCCACCUUGUCUGGCUACCCCAGAGAGCAGCCAAAACCAAAAUGCUUUCUUUCUGCUUCCAUAUUUUUGACAGUACCCAAGAAUCCAACAUUUAGGACAUCCACAUAAGCUGCAGGACCACCAAAAACCCUUGCUCAGAUUUGGGCAGAAGUAACAUCCGAGAUCUAACCAUCCAAAUCCCAGGAGAAAGCCUCCUGCUUUGGAACAAUAUGGAACAGAUAAAUACAUCUUCAUUUAUCUAAGAAGAAAAGCAGACUAACCUGGUUCAGGGCCAUAAUUACUAGCAGAUACUGGAACCUCCCAGUAGCCCAAACUUGCACCUCUUCUUAGUAUUCUGUAUUGGCUAGAGUAAGUGGAAAUUACUUAAACCUUCUGACUUCUCUAAAAGCCAUUCUUAAGUACUCAACACUCUCCAGGCAUAGACACUUCAGAUAUAUGGACACCAUGGGAUAGCAGGAUACAGCUAUGUAAAAUUUACAUCCAGUUGGAGAUGUAAACUCAUCUAUGCAGAAACUUUUUCUGAGACAAAAUGAGUGUUUAACAGUGAGUUGGUUUAGCCUCUUCUCAUUAUCCAGGCUGAGUGAAACAGAGACAUCCAUCCCCAGCACUGCCUGGCUCUUGUGCUGUCCAUGAAGCAGCAAUGGCUCCCCCAUACGAGGCAGGCAGCCAGAGGGAAAAACACCACAUCCACAGCCCUUCCUGAUGACAUUUUCAGGUCACAGCCACAAAAGUUAAAACAUUGAUCAGAAAACAGGAAGUCCACAAAAUCGCUCUCCAGGCUUUUUAGUGGGUUUGUUAAAUUGCUAAUGUAGCUUUAACAAUUAGUAGAGUCGGUUGUGCUAAUGCAGGGAUUAAGUGGAUCUCCCAGAAUUUCCCCAGGAAAACACCAGCUGAAUCACAACCCAGCAUACGAGUUUCUGGCACGUUCCCUUGUCUUAAAGGCCAGGCUGUAUAUAUGAGAAAUACUUCAGAGAAGUAUAUGCAAAUGUUAUGACACUGUAUCUCACAAGCACCUACUGUGAAAAAGUUAAUCCUACUUUGAGCAAACCUGUAAGAAGUAGGGUAUGAGUUUGUCCUUGUUCCUCAGGCCCUGACUGCAAACAAUGCCCUGGGACCAAGGCAGCAGCCUCUGUGUUUGCAUAUCCUACCUGGCAUCAGGAGUGAGCAGCAAGUACAGGCACAGCUUUGCACCAGUCUGUCUGUUGGCACCGGGGUGCUCUGGCAGUCGCUGAGUGCCCUGGCAAUGAGGGAAUGCUCCUGUGCCCUCAGCCCCUGUUCCGGAGCUGCUGCAACACGCAAAAGGCAGGGCCGUCCCUCCGCCCCCCGACAGGAGCACUUAUAAUAUCCACUGUAUUCUACAUGGAAGUGAGUUGUAGAGAGGCUUCCUUUUUAUGUUUAAAUGGAGAAACCACUUGAAAGUCCAUUAAAUUUUUAAUUAAAUAAAACUUAAUUUUUUUUUUUUUAAGAAUGAGGCCAGUCAUGGACAAAGCUAUUUUAUGACCUCCUUCAACACUGAACUCAAAGGAGGGUUUGUAAACGUGGUGGGUGGGAAGAGACAAAUCCAAUAUAAGGAUGCUAACUAUUUGAGAUUUGAAAUUCUAAUUAUUUUUUAAUCUACUCAUCUUGCUCUCCCCCUCUCCCAACACAAAGCAUCACAUGAACCCUUCGGUGGAAUUUUUUCUUCCUUUUCUUGUAUUAAACUCCUGUGACUUCAGGACAGUCCAAGUUGCCCAUUCAUUUUAAUUUUUCAAUUCUCCACAGAUUUCUUUCUUUGCAAAUACCUAUAAAUUAUAAGCUAAAGUUUUAUUUUUGCAGAAAGUCUGCUAUUAAGCUAUGCUGAUUUUUUUUGUCCUGAUCAAAUAGUGUUAAUUUCUACUACCACAUUGUACAUGGCUAGGAGUAGUGUAAAAAAAAUGUGGUAGUAUUUUAUGUGCUUUAAACACUGAUAAAGAUAUAAAGAGAAGUGCAUAUACGAAGUUUUACUUUCCUAAUAGGAACACUGGCAUUAGCAAAUAGUAUAUUUGAACCAAUAGGAAAUAUUACUUUGUAGUAGAAAACACAUUGUAAAUAAAAACUUGUUAUUUUUUUAAUGGAAAUUUUAUAGAAGCUUUUUCUGUAUACUCAAUUGAUCCCAUGUUUACUGAAAAUGCUGCAAGUGGGAAUUGUACAUUGCAAAAUGGGGGUGGGGAGCAGACAGUCUGACUGAGGUGAAAGCUGUGUGUGCUUUGGAGAAAAACAUCCAGUUGUCUGUGAACAGAAAUGUAAAGCUUAACUGUAGAAGAACCGAAUAAAAGAUUUUCAAGGCAA